AUGAAAAAAUAUUUAUUUAUCUCAAUACUCUGUACAGCCGCAUAUCUGAGCACAGCUGCCACCAAUUAUUGUAAAUCGGGAUUAUGUCCAACAGGUCAAACACACAUUGCCUGCAACAAUACUGGGAAAUUUUAUUCCAGUUGUUCGAAAGAUGCUGCCAUGGUACAAAUUGGACCGAAUCUACAAAAGUUUAUUGUCAAUCAACAUAAUAAUAAACGUAACUUGAUUGCUGGUGGCAAGGUUGCCAAGUUUAAGCCAGCCUGUCGUAUGGCCACCAUGAAAUGGGAUGCGGAAUUAGCCAAAAUAGCUUCGUACAAUGUUCGUCAGUGUAAGAUGGAACAUGAUAAAUGUCGCAAUACACAAAAAUAUAAAUUUGCGGGACAAAAUUUGGCCUGGCGAUCGUAUACGGGAACACCGAAUAAACAACAGCUAAUAAAGGCAGCGAUAAACGCCUGGUACUCAGAAUAUAAAAACACCAAAUGGACCCAAAUCCAAUCUUAUCCGUCGAACUAUAAAGGACCAGCCAUCGGCCAUUUUACAGCCUUGAUGGGCGAGCGCAACAUUGCCGUGGGCUGUGCUGCCUCCACAUAUUCCACUCAAGGCGUUAAAUACAAAACAUUUUUAGUGGCCUGCAAUUAUGCAACGACAAAUAUGAUCGGGAGUCCUAUCUAUACUGGAUGCGCGAGAGCAACUGCAAAAUGUAAAGCCGGUAAAAAUUCCAAAUAUCCCAAUUUAUGCGCUCCCAAAGAAGUUUACAAUGUUAACAAAUGGUGA